AUGUCUUACACGACUACUCUUUCUGAAAAGGCUCCAGAGGAAGCGGUCGAGCCUGUCAGUUCGACUCUGUCCGACUACGAUGCAGAUCUCUCGUCGUCCGGCUACACGGAAUGUCCGGAUCGUGAAGAUCGAGAGAAAUAUGCCGGGAUACUAGCAGAUACAAAGAAACAAGACAAGGCAGCCCCGGGUCUUCGCUUCAUUAUAUGGACGGCAAUCAAUGUUACCUCCACCGUUGCCAUAGUCGCCUUUGCUGCAUACCAUUUCUUCAUCACCGGCGCCACAUUAUGGAUCAUCUCUCGGCCACAGUGCGCCGUCUUCAUGCCGAAACAGGUGUCGGCAGUGAAGAUUAUCCCCCUGGCGGCCGCAAUGUGUAUCCAGGUGAUUCUUCAGAAUCUCUCGCUUGCAUAUUCGUCCGUCAUGUUCCAUCAGUUGGCUCGACUACUCUUGACCCCCGUCGUGGCCCUGCUCAACUACAUGCUCUACUCGACCAAGAUUCCCAGAAUGGCCGUCUCGCCACUUAUACUGCUGUGCACCGGCGUGGGAAUCGUUUCCUACUAUGACUCCCUCGCGAUGGACAACACGAGCGCUACGAGGACUUCGUCAUGGGGAACGGUAUUUGCCCUUGCAGGCGUCUGCGCCAGUUCAAUCUACAUGGUCUGGAUUGGGCAGUAUCACAAGAAACUCCAGUUGAAUAGCAUGCAGCUUCUUCUGAACCAGGCACCAGUCAGCACCGUUCUGUUGCUGCUCACGGUUCCUUUCACUGCGACGCCGCCCUUGGGGGCUGUUCCAGUAUCCAUGUGGAUUCUAAUUUUACUGAGCGGCAUCUUUGCUUCCUUGGUGAAUCUCUCGCAGUUUUUCAUUAUUGACUUGGCGGGGCCCAUCAGUGGGACUGUGGUCGGUCAGCUCAAGACGUGCAUUAUUGUCGGGCUGGGAUGGGCUUUUAGCACGCAUCCCAUCUAUUUUCAGAGCAUUAUCGGGAUUAUCCUGGCGUUGGUGGGCAUGAGCAUGUAA